AUGGCCCCGAGUUCUCCUGUAUGCAUUCCCUCCAGUAGCCCUCAUUUUGCCGACGAUAGCCAGAGUUCGAGCCGAAGGCUUGUCAAUGAUUCUCAUUGCGCCUCACUGGCCAUCGAAGCACUGGUUGGCAGAGAUAAUCCAGCUUCUCCAGGGAGAACCAUGGCCUCUACCGCUGCGGCGGGACCUGUUGUCUCAGGCGGGGGGGGAAAUCCUCCACCCGCACCCAGAAAGGCUGGCACUAUGGGCCUGGCCUGUGAGUGGUUUAAUCUACACUCUGUAGGUCUCCCACAUAAUGUUAUUGAGACAAUCCAGAGUGCGAGGGCCCCCGCCACCAGGUCUUUGUAUGACUGCAAAUGGGCCAUAUUUGAAAAAUGGUGUGCAGAAGCACAAGAAAUACCCAUUCAGUGCACUGUAGUUACCAUUUUGACUUUCCUGCAGGACCUGCUGGAUAAGGGUAAAGCUUUUUCCACCAUAAAAGUGUACUUGGCAGCAAUCUCAGCUUGCCAUGUUGGUUUUGGUGGGAAAACCGUGGGACAGCACCCUUUGGUUUGCCAAUUUAUGAAGGGAGUUCGUCGUCGGCUGCCUGUCUCUAAACCCCUGGCCCCUUCAUGGGACCUUCCUCUGGUUCUGGAGGCUCUGAUGGAUGCGCCAUUUGAGCCCCUGGGACAAGUGGAUUUGAGAUUUGUUACUCUGAAGACAGCACUUUUACUGGCGCUUACUUCAGCUAAGCGGGUGGGUGAGCUUCAUGCUUUUUCAGUGAACCCAGCUUGUACCAAAUUCUCUGCAGGGAAUAGAAGGGUAACCUUAAUCCCUAAUCCUGUUUUUUUACCUAAGGUGGUGGGGUCAUGUUCGGCUAUAGACUUGGUGUCUUUUAAUCCCCCACCUUUUUCCUCAGUGAUGCAGGAGCGUCUUCAUGGACUCUGUCCUGUUCGGGCCCUGCACACCUAUAUGGAUAGGACCAAAAUAUUGAGGAAAAGUGACCAGCUGUUUGUUUCUUGGGCAAAAGGUCACCUCGGUAAACCUGUGUCGAAACAGCGACUUUCACAAUGGAUAGUUGCUGCAAUUGCUUUAGCUUACACCUCUAAAGGACAGCAGCCUCCUGAGGGUCUUCGUGCCCACUCUACACGAGGGUUGACCACCUCAUGGGCCCUCUUUAGAGGAGUGUCCAUCCAGGAGAUCUGUGCCGCAGCAAGCUGGGCUUCUCCCCAUACAUUUGCUCGGUUUUAUAAGCUUGAUGUCACAGCUCAACCGCUGGCUCAUUCAGUGCUCAGCUUGGCAUCAGCACCACCAAGCACCCGUUAAUGACUUUAUUGUCAGCAGUCAGUCUUGGGUCUGCAACGCAAUCCGGGAGUCAGGAUUUUCCCAUAGUGAGACACGAAACGAAUGCUAUGAAAGAGAACUUUAGGUUACUUUCGUAACCCCGGUUCUCUGAGUAGCAUGAGUGAGUGUCUCACCUAGCCACCCUCCUUGCUCAUUCGUAGCGAGGAAGAGGGUUUGAGUUUUUGAAUGAUCUGUCUGUGCAGGGCCAGUCCUAUAUAUAGGCAGGGGGUGGGACAUGCCCCCUCUCCCUGGCACUGACAGACUUAUCCCCAGCCAAUCAGGGCUGGUGGAGUGUAAUUGGAGCUUCUGACGAGGUCACGCCCAGGGCGUUCCC